AGUACAUUUGGUUGGUUAAAAUGAUGACAAGUGGAUUGUUUCGUGUUUGUAAAACAGUUACAAAUUAUAUAAAAAAUAUCAAUGUAACCAAUAAUGCUAUCUCUGGUAAUUUAUUGUUAUCACAAACUGUAUUAUUAAACAGUAUAAGAAAUACCAGUUUUUUAAAUAAAAGACGAGCUUCUGAAUUAUGGAAAUCUGUCACAAGUGUCAGUAAUGCUGGCAAAAGAAGAGGAAGAGGAAGGAAUGUUGCAAAAAUGAAAGAUCUAAACAAAAAUCAAAAAAUUGGCUUUGGAAAAAUACCUAUGAUAUUUCCAGGAUUAAAUACUACUAUUAUACAAGGUGAUGUUACGGUACAACAAAGACCUUUUACAGAAAACGAAAAAUUAAGUUAUUUUAAUGCACAAGAAACAAAAAAUACAUUACAACCAAAACGAAACAAAAUUCAUCCUUUACAACACGGAUGGACUGGAGGUCUGCCAGGUGGAAGAAAAAUUGGACCACCUGAUCCUGUUAAUGAUGAUGUGUUUGAAGGAUUUGAAUCUUGGAUUUUAUAUAGCAAGUAUUUUUCCGUUAUGACAAGUAACAUGGGUCGUACAAAACGUUGCCGUGUACUUGUUAUUACUGGAAAUAAGAAAGGCUUAGCUGGUUUUAUAAUGCUAAAUGGAAAUGAAUUUAAAUCAACCAUAAAUGCAGCUAAGAAUAAAGCAGCUCAAAGAUUAAUAUAUAUCGAAAGAUAUAAUGAUCAUACAGUACUCCAUGAUUUUUUUACACAAUUUGGACGUACAAAAAUAUUUGUAGAACAAAAGCCUAAAGGUUAUGGACUCAAAUGUCAUCGAGUUAUUAGAACAUGUUGUGAAGCACUUGGUAUUACAGAUUUGUAUGCUAAAGUUGAAGGAUCUAAAAAUGUUGCUUAUAUUGUAAAAGCUUUCUUUAUUGGUUUAUUGCAACAGAAAACAUACGACCAAAUGGUAAAGGAAAAAGGAUUGCAUUUAGUUGAAAUGAGAAAGGAAAAUAAUUAUUUUCCUACAAUUCUUGCUUCACCUGCAGUAGUUCGUGAUUCUACAGAAAUUCUACCAAAUGAAAUAUUAAAUUUCAAACAAUAUGUAAUGAAUGGAAGAAUUCCUUUAAAAAAAAAAUCUCUUAAACCAUUUUAUACGAAAUUGCCUUCAUGGUUAGUUUAUUUGCGUAAACAAGAACGCCGUAGAAAUCAAGAUGAAGUUAUAAUUAAAUUAAGGUCCGAAUAUGAUGAUAUUUGCAGUUUUUUAACUGAGAAAUAUCCAGAAGCAAGAUCUUUUAAGUGGAAGAAUCAUGACAAAAAACAGGAAGAAAGCACUUGAAUGUAAUAUUUUUAUGAUAAAAUAAGUAGAUAAUUUUAUUAAAGAUAUGAUUUUGUGUUUAAUAUUCGAUUAAUAAAUCUAAUUGAAAACCAAA